UAGUAAGACGUGAUCCAAAUCCAAUCCACUAGAUCAAAACCCACAAAUAUGCUAGAGGUUAAGCCUUCAUGGAAAUGCAAAGAGUACUUUUGAGUAAAAAACAUGGUUUUGAUUUGAUGGAGAACAACUCCGUCAUGCAAGAGAGGAUUACACACCACUCUUGAUGAUCCAAUUACCAGUCAUACUCUCGAGUCCACAUACUAACUUGCGACUUUUUAGCACCCAAAAGAAUUAAGAAAACCCAGAAUAUAGACUACAGUAGAGAAAUCCCACCCCAUUUUCAAAUCCCAUGUUAAAAGUUAAAACAUGCAACGGCUACUGUCAAAACGAGCACGCCAUUUUGAACUCUCUCUUCUUUCUCUCUCUAACCGCACCUUGCAUACAGACCAUAAUAACCAACAUAGAUCAGUUACUAUAUCAGAUCACGAAUCCUGCAAAUCUGCAUUUUCAUGGCUUUCUCAUUACCCAAACUCAGAAAUCUCUCAAUUUCAUGUCAAAGGAUUCUCCAAAAUUACCAACAAACUCACUGGCAGAGCUUUGCAUUGUGUUUACUUGAAGGGUUUCAUCCCUUUCAGCAUAUUUUGUUCAAAUACUUUGAUGGGUAUGUAUUUUAGAUUUGGGCUUGUUGAUGCCGCCCGCCAAGUGUUCGAUAAAAUGCCGCUUAGAAACGAGGUUUCAUGGAAUUCUUUAAUUUCGGGUUUUGUAAAAGCUGGUUUAUACGUGGAUGCAUUUAAAUUAUUUGUUCAAAUGAGCAAGUCUGAGUUUUGUUCUACUAAUGGAUUUGUAAUAUCGAGUUUGAUCACUGCGUGUAGCAAAUCGAAUAAUAUGAUUUUUCCUGCGUUUUGCAUACAUGGUUUUGUUGUUAAGUCUGGUUUGUUGGAUGAUGUAUUUGUUGCUACUUCUCUCUUGCAUUUCUAUGGAACAAAUAUGUUUUUGAUGGAAGCUAAUACACUUUAUCAGGAAAUGCCCUAUAAAAGUGUAGUUUCUUGGACUGCAAUGAUGGUAGUGUAUUCUGAUAAUGGAAAAUAUGAGAAAGUAAUCGAUACAUAUCAACGGAUGAGGUCCGAGGGGGUAGGCUUCAAUGAAAAUACAUUUACUGUAGUGAUCAGUUCUUGUGGGAUGCUUGAGAAUCAGAUUUUGGGUUUGCAAGUUAUUGGACAUGUUGUAAAAUCCGGGUUUGAGUCGAAUCUUUCGGUUGCCAAUGCUCUUGUGUCGAUGUUUGACAACUGUGGCGAUUUGAAUGAUGCAUCGUAUGUGUUUAAUCUCAUGAAGGAGCGUGAUACGAUUUCUUGGAACUCCAUAAUUACUGCAUAUGGUCAUCACAAGCUUUGUGAAAAAGCCCUAGGAUGCUUCAGGCAGAUGCGUUUAGUUCAUGAUAAGGUAAAUUCUGUUACACUUUCCAGUUUGUUAUUGGCUUGUGAUUCUGUGGAUAGUGUAAAAUGGGGCAGGGGUAUUCAUGGUCUUGUAUAUAAGUAUGGACUUCAUUCAGAUGUCUGUGUGUGCAAUACUCUUCUUAGCAUGUACUUUGGAGCUGGACAACUUGAUUACGCCAAACUUUUGUUUAAUGAAAUGCCAGAGAAAGAUUUGAUUUCAUGGAAUUCAAUGAUAACAUGCUAUGCCCAGAAUGGAAAAUGCAUAGAUGCCUUACGAAUUUUGAGUAGCCUUUUGAAGGCAAGGACAUCAUUGAACCAAGCUAGUUUUGCUAGUGCUCUAGCGGCUUGUUCUAGCCAAGAAUUUCUUGCUGAAGGCAAUAUGGUCCAUGCUAUUGCUGUCAGUUCUGGCCUUGUAAAUAAUUUGGUUGUUGGUAACUCAUUGCUUACCAUGUACGCAAAUUGUGGCUUGACGAUGAAAGCUAAGCAGGUUUUUGACAUGAUGCCUGACCAAGACACCGUCACAUGGAAUGCGUUGAUUGGCGGUUAUGCUGAAAAUGAAGAAGCAAAUGAAGCAUUUAAAACUUUUAAGCUGAUGAGAAGGAGCGAUUUGCAAGAAAAUUACAUAACCAUAGUGAAUCUUCUUUCUUCGUUUUGUUCCGCCAGUAGUCUAUCGACACAUGGCAUGUCUGUUCAUGCGCAUAUUGUCUGUACAGGUUUUGAAUCAGAUGAGUAUGUGAAGAAUUCUCUUAUUACUAUGUAUGCAAAAUGUGGCGAUCUUGUCUCAAGUAGUGUAUUAUUCAGUAAGUCCAUGAACAUAAGUCCUGUCACAUAUAACGCCAUGAUUUCUGCUAAUGCUCGUCAUGGCCAGGGAGAACAUGCAUUGAAAAUGUUUAAGGAUAUGUAUGAUUUAGGUGUAGGUUUAGAUCAAUUCACCUUUUCCAGUGCUUACGCUGCUGCAGCUAACCUGGCAACCUUGGAAGAGGGUAAAAUGCUUCAUGGUCUCACUGUGAGAAUUGGGUUUCACUUAAAUUUGCAUGUACAAAAUGCUGCGAUGGAUAUGUAUGGGAAAUGUGGGGAAUUGAAUGAUGUCUUGAAAAUACUUCCAGAACCAGUUAACAGGUCAAGGCUAUCAUGGAACAUUAUGAUUUCUACAUAUGCAAGGCAUGGGCUUUUUCAACAGUCUAGGGACACUUAUCAUGAAAUGCUUAAUGCAGGCAUAAGACCUGAUUUUGUGACUUUCGUCUCCCUGCUAAGUGCGUGCAGUCAUGGUGGCCUUGUUGAUGAGGGUCUCGAAUACUACUCUUCCAUGACCAGGGAUUUCGGAAUUCUACCUGGAAUUGAGCAUUGUGUAUGCGUUGUUGAUUUGCUUGGGCGAUCGGGAAGAUUUUCUGAAGCUGAGAAAUUUCUGAAUGAAAUUCCAGUAUCUCCCAAUGGUUUUAUUUGGCGAAGCUUAUUGGCUUCUUGUAGAGUCCAUGGCAAUGUCGAACUUAGUAAAAGAGCAGCACAGCAGCUUAUCCAACUGGGACCUGAUGAUGAUUCAGUUUAUGUUCUCUAUUCAAACAUAUGUGCAUCUAGUGGGAACUGGGAGGAUGUGGAGAGUAUAAGAAAUCAAAUGCAAUUGGGCAAUGUAAAGAAAAAGCCUGCAUGUAGCUGGGUCAAGUUAAAGAACACGGUCAGUUCUUUCGGAAUGGGAGACCACACCCACCCUCAAACAAAGCUGAUUGAUGCAAAACUCAAAGAAAUUAAGAAGCUGAUUACUGAAGCAGGUUAUGUCCCUGAUACAAGUUUUGCUUUGCAUGACACGGAUGAAGAGCAGAAGGAACACAACUUAUGGAACCACAGUGAGAGACUUGCCCUUGCAUACGCGUUAAUUAAUUCCCCAGAAGGCUCAACUAUAAGAGUAUUCAAGAACCUCCGUGUUUGUGGUGAUUGUCACUCUGUUUUCAAGUUUGUUAGUGCAGCAGUUGCCAGGGAUAUUUUAUUGAAGGAUCCCAACCGCUUUCAUCACUUUCAAGGUGGCACAUGUUCAUGUAGGGAUUUUUGGUAGUCCAGAUGCAAAUCAUGCAAU